UCUGAAAUAGUUCUAAAUCAGGAUAAAUGGAAUUCAAUCUCAAAUCCAUUUUUAUAGUUUUGUAGAUUUUUAAUGCAAUUUUGUUAAUAAACCACUAAUUCUUAAUUUAUUUAAAUUCCUUACUCCCAAUGUCAUUUCCCAAUCAAAAUCCAUCGCUGAAAGAAAGACGUCACAAAUACCCAGAGCCCGAGAGGACCAAAACAAAACCUGCGAAAUGCAUAUUCAAAGCAAAUAAAAAUUGCAAAGGAUUUCUUUGAAUCACAUGGUUUAAACAGCUUAAUCCUCCUUCCUUCCCGCGAAAGAUCACAGUGAUUCUUUUGAUAUUCAACUCGAAUGCUAUAGAAAUCAAGUACUUUCGAGUGCCGAUCCCCCAUGGAGGAAGGCGAUAAAAGCAUUGGUGGUGGUGGGGAAACCUCUUCGAGGGUUUCAGCUGGUUCGCCAUCUUGGUUGUGUGCUAGCAGGCAAAGAUUCACCAUUGAGCUGAGGCCUGGUGAGACCACGAUAGUUUCUUGGAAGAGGCUAGUCAAAGAUGCUCAAAACACGUCUCCUCCUUUGACUGCCCGAAAGAAUGAAGAUUCUCCGGAUGAAUGUUUUCAAGACAACAAGUCAACAGUUAAACAGAAUGGGUUACUUGUAAACUCUGAGAAAUUGGAAUGCGUAAAUGAGCCUGUAUUGUCAGUGGCUCAACAAUCAAGAAAACGGAGUAAAAAUAUGGCCAAAGGUCAAGGAGAGAAAGUUGAUGUUCAUGUGCCCAGUAAACAUGCGAAAGUGGAACAUGGGAGGCUAAAUUUUGCUGCAACAAAGGCACUGCUUGAAGGGCAAACUUCUGCUCUCCUGCAGGACAUAGCUGCUAAUAGCAAACAUGAUCAGAAAUUGCAUAACCUGUUGAGUUCUCCUAUAAGAUCUUGUAUUAAGAAACCUGCUUACGCUGGAACUAUGUCUGAGCAUUAUUCAGACACAGGAAUCUCAAAUAAUGAUGCUUCUAUAUCUCCACUAAAUUCAAAGGAUGCUAACAAGUCUAGGAGUGUAACCAUCCACUCUAUGGAUAAAGGAAAUAAUACAAACUCUGUUGCAACACAUCAGAAGUAUCUGGAUAAAAAUUCUUGUAAACAACUUGAGUCUCAAGCGAGAAAAUUGAUGACUGAUAAUGUUGAGGUGGGAAUUUCCACCGAAGUAGAACAGAGGGAGAAGAGGGUAACAUGUGGUGAACUGCCAGAUCUUAACCUUCCUUUUUAUACUGUGCAACCAGAGGUAAGCAAUUGUAUCUCCAAAUUUCAGCCAGAAUAUAUGUGGACCUGAUCUUAUUUUGUCAAUUGUCACAAUAAGUGGUCAUGAGUAAUUCAAUUUUAAGGUCAUUUCCUUCUGUGAAGUGUCUCUGUUUUUGAUAUAACUGAUUCAUAUUUAUAGUUUAAAAUUAAAUUAUUGUAAUUAGUUGUCUUUAUAGGUUAGAAUCCCUUUAUCUCAUUCCAUGAUUUGAUGAAUUACUUCCUGUAACGACGAAUGUAUCUACAUCUUACCUAGUCUGUAAUAGUGGAUGGCUUUGGCAUUGUCUUUAGUGUUGAUGCAACUGGUGGAGUUACUAGUGCUCAAAUGUUGACAAUAAUUAAUAACAUUCCAAACCCCUUAUCUAUUGCUUAAUAAAUUUGAACUUUCAAGCGGUACUGCUUGUGGGGCAACUUGCUUGAUAGUGUGUUUUGUGGUCUAAAACUUGAUUAAGUUCCAUUUCCUAUACUCAUACUUGACUGGAGGAUAUACUUGAUCUCGCCUUUACUAAUUGAAUAUUGACUGAAAAUUUAGCUUGAUCAAGUUUAAGCACAAGUUUCAAAGUUGGACUGAAAUCUAUAUGGGUAUGCAAAAUUAUAGAUUGAGUACAAAAUAAAUUAGUAAAAGUUCUUUAGCAUUGAUGCAACCGGUGCAGGUACUGGUGCUUAAAUCUCGGCAAUAAUUAAGAACAUUUCGAGCUCCUUAUCUAUUGCUUAAUAAAUUUGAACUUGCCAUUAUUACUGCAUUUUGGAGUUUGCUUGAUCGAGUUGACAUGACUUGAUUGUGUCAUUGUCUAUACGCCUUCUUGACCGGAGGAGAUAUUUGAUCUCACCUUGACUAAAUGAAAAUUGACUGAAAAUUUAGCUGGAUCAAAUUUAAGCACAAGAUUAAAUUUGGACUGAAAUCUAUAUGGGUAUGUAAAAUUAUAGGAUGAGUACAAAAUAAAUUGGUAAUAGUUCUUUUGUAUUGAUGCAACUGAUGCAGUUAUGAGUGCUCAAAUCUUUGCCAUAAUUAAGAGCAUUCCAAGCUCCUUAUCUUUAGCUUAAUCAAUUUGAACUGGCCAGCAGUACUGCAUUGUGGGGUAAUCUUGCUUGAUCGAGUUGACAUGGUGAGCUUGGUGGCUAAAACUGAGCGCUAUUUU